AUGAGGUGGUGUCGCCCGGGCAGCCCAGGACAGCGAUGGCCCCUCAGUGACUGUGGGUGGUGCGUCUGCACGGAGGCUAGUACCGGCUAAAAGUCCACUCAUUUCUUUCAAGUGAGUAGCUGAGACGGUGCAUCAAUAAGAGAGGCGUGGGGCAUUUCCCCCCACAGAUAAAUAUGAUCCAUAUCUUAUAAGCCAGAACUAAAUGCACGCGACACUUCCACGAAUCACAGGAUUCUUUUUGUUUAGGGCAUGUCGAGGCUGCGCUCACUCUUCUUGGAAUUAUGUUUCAGAAUAUAUUUGCUUUAUGCGUAAAUGUAUUCUGCACUAUUUAUACUGCAUCAUCUCUGGAGCUGCAACCAGGCAUGCCAAAUGUUUGCACUGACCAGAAGAUGUCCUUGCUGGGGAAACGUCAGCCAUGUGUCCAUGCUUUUACCCACAUGGUGAAGGUGUGGAGGCAGGGCUGUGCAAGCCCCAUGUGGUGCUCAGGAUAUGAAAGAAGGACAGCAUACUACAUGUCUUAUCAACAGGUGUAUAGCAUGGAUUUGCACACAGUCUAUAAGUGCUGUCCUGGAUGGACACAGAAGGAAAAUGAGAUGGGCUGUUUUCAUAGAGUGUGCAAUGGCGACACUUGUCUCAACGGAGGAAGAUGUGCAGAAACCGGGGAUCGGAUUUGUCAUUGUCCUUCAGGAUUUGAAGGGACGCACUGCCAGCAUGAUGUUAACGAGUGUGAGUUGAGCAAAGGAGGCUGUGAGGGCCAGUGCUGCAACACCAUCGGCAGCUAUUACUGCAAGUGUCCUGAAGGGAGCAGACUGGGGUCAGAUGGCAAGAGCUGUGAGGAUGUAAACGAGUGUGAGGAGUUCAAUGGAGGAUGCCAGCAAACAUGCAUCAACACAGCAGGCUCUUAUCACUGUGAGUGCAGCGAAGGGUUCCGCAUGCACACAGACGGACGGACCUGCAUCGCUCUGAAUUCUUGCUCCAUCCUGAAUGGUGGAUGUGAGCACAGCUGUGUCGACAUGGGCAACAAUCACUACAAAUGUGAAUGUCGGGAGAACUACAAGCUGAAGAGAGACGGGAGACACUGUGAACUGAGGAACCCCUGUCAGGACAGAAAUGGAGGCUGCGCCCAGAUCUGUCAUUCAAAUGUUGGCCACGUGCGCUGCAGCUGCCGCUCUGGUUUUAGAUUGGAUGGAGAUGGCAGGAGCUGUGCAGACAUUGAUGAAUGCAGCGCUGGCUCUGCCCAGUGUUCUCAUGCUUGUGUCAACACGGUGGGCUCCUUUAGGUGUGUGUGUCAUCCAGGAUUUGAGCUCGGUGCUGAUGAAAAGCAGUGCUAUCGCAUCGAGAUGGAGAUUGUGAAUAGCUGCGAGAAGAACAAUGGAGGGUGUUCCCAUCACUGUGAGCAUACCACCAGUGGACCCCUCUGCUCCUGCAACAAUGGCUUCCAGCUAAACCAUGACAUGAAGACCUGUGUUGACAGUGAUGAGUGUGCCAGCGAGGAGUCCUGCUGCAGCCAGGUCUGUAGAAACUACCCCGGUGGCUACGAGUGCAGCUGCAGAGCUGGUCUCAGACUGAACCCAGACGGCUGUGGAUGUGAUGACAUUGAUGAGUGUCUGGCCGAGACAUCCGGCUGUGAGCAUUACUGCAUCAACACCUUAGGAUCAUACGAGUGUUUUUGUCCAAAAGGAUUCCGCUUGAACCAUGACAAGCACUCCUGCAUCUCACUGUAUGGAGAAGAACUGCAAGAAGAAGAGGAGGAGGAAGACGAGGAAGAGGAGCCGUUGGAUCUUAGUCGCUUUCAAGAUUUGCUGCUUCAUAGGAACCCUCAGCUCCUGCAGUACACAUCAGCCCUGCGCUCCCAUCCUAGUGUCCAUGAUGCUGGUGUUCAUGACAGUAAAGAAGACGUAGAGAGAGAGCUGAUGCUGGACACUCACAUAGUGUGUCUAGGAGGCUACUUUGGGGAUGACUGCACUUUAAGCUGUGAAGAUUGUGUGAAUGGAGCGUGUACGGAGAGCAAUGAUCCAUGUCAUUGCUUACCUGGCUGGACUGGGAUUAUCUGCAAUGAAACGUGUCCCAGGGGGACCUAUGGACAGACCUGUAACAACUUGUGCCUCUGUCAGAACGGAGGCUCGUGUGACCCUGUGACUGGGAGGUGUUUGUGCCCUCCUGGGGUAGAAGGACAGUUCUGUGAGGAAGGUUGUCCGAGGGGGUAUUUCGGGCGUCACUGCAAAGCCAAGUGUAAAUGCCUCAACGACGGACCCUGCCACCGCUCACAUGGAGCUUGUCUCUGCUCUCCUGGGUUUUACGGUCGCUUUUGCCAUCUUGCUUGUCCCAGGUGGACUCAUGGAGCCGGCUGCUCCAAGGAAUGCAACUGUGAUCGAGAACAUUCUGCUGGCUGUGACCCGAAAACAGGGAGCUGUUUCUGUAAGGCUGCAUACCAAGGCCCACAGUGUGAGAGAGCUUGUGAUCCGGGCUUUUUUGGUGCCGGCUGUAAGCAGACAUGUGACUGUCCAAGCAGAGGGUCAUGUGACCCCACAACUGGAGCGUGCAGCCAGCAGUGUCCUGCAGGCUUUCAUGGAGAUCAGUGCAAGCAGGACUGCCCUGAUGGAUUCUGGGGAUUGAAGUGCCAGUUUCCAUGUCCUAUUUGUGAGAACAACGGCUCCUGCAACAAGACAACUGGUUUGUGUGACUGCAGGCCAGGAUUCAUGGGAAACCAUUGCCAAAAAGCGUGUCCUGCAGGUUACUAUGGACCAGGCUGCAUGAGUUCCUGUUCCUGUUCCCCUGGUUCCAGCUGUGAUGCCCAGAAUGGACUCUGCCGUUGCCCCCCAGGCAAAAGAGGCCACGAUUGUGGGGCAUCGUGUGAACCUGGAUUCUGGGGCCAAAGCUGUGCCAAUAGAUGCCAGUGCCAGGAUCCCUCUGUGGGCUGUGAUCCAGUCGACGGUCGGUGUGUGUGUGAAGCGGGAUACACUGGAGACCAAUGUGAAAAGAGCUGUACGGAUGGCAGUCAUGGUCUGGACUGUUCUCAGCAGUGCAGGUGUCAGAACGGAGCGCUCUGCGACCAUGUCAGUGGAGCCUGCACAUGCUCACCUGGAUUCACGGGGACAUUCUGUGAAAAAACUUGUCCUCCAGACCGGUUCGGAGCAAACUGCUCGGGUCACUGUCUCUGUCAAAAUGGUGGUUCCUGCCACAGUGUAACUGGCCAGUGCUCCUGCCCAGCUGGAUGGACCGGAGCUGCUUGUGAAACAGAGUGUAAAGAAGGGCAGUAUGGAGAGGAGUGCGCACAGAUCUGCAGGUGUAUGAAUGGAGCGAGGUGUGACAGAGUGACAGGCAGCUGUUCAUGUCUGCCUGGUUGGACGGGAGAGCACUGUCAAUCAGCUUGUUCAAAGGGAGUUUUUGGGGAGGGAUGCAAGAAGAGGUGCAACUGUGUCCAUGGCCGGAGUUGCCACCGCGUGACAGGCCGCUGUGAGUGUGAGCCAGGCUGGAAAGGAGCCAGGUGUGACACACCCUGUCCUGCUGGGACGUUUGGACAGAACUGCAGCCAGCUUUGCCAGUGCACUGGGCUCCACGACUGGUGUCAUCCAGUGACGGGGAAAUGCAGCUGCUCACCUGGAUAUUAUGGGAAACGAUGCGAACUUCGAUGUCCAGCAGGUUCUUUUGGUCCAGACUGUAAGUCUAGAUGCAGUUGCAUCAAUGGGGGCUCUUGUGACUUUAGGACUGGAGCUUGUUACUGCCCCCCUGGUUACAUUGGAGCUGACUGCAGCACGAGGUGUCCUACUGGAUAUUUUGGGAGGAACUGCGCCAGGCAGUGUUUUUGUGGAGAAGGCGGGCAGUGCAACCCAGCAACGGGGAGGUGUAUCUGUGACCCCGGCAGGACAGGACCAACCUGCCAACAGGCAUGUCCGAGGGGACGCUACGGCCCGCAGUGCAGGAACGCCUGCAGCUGUCAGAACGGGGCUUUAUGUGAUCCCGUUGAUGGCUCUUGUAAGUGCGGCCUGGGCUGGAUUGGAUCUCACUGUGAUACAGCCUGUUCACAGGGCAAAUAUGGGCUGAAUUGUGCAGAAGACUGCCCAUGCCUCCACAAUGGGACCUGUGAUCGUUUUACAGGCAGCUGCAGCUGCACUGCUGGGUACUAUGGCCACGUCUGUCAACACACGUGUCCCUCAGGAUAUCACGGAGGGAACUGUUCCCAUGCUUGUGACUGCAAGAUGGGGCAAGAUUGUGACCAUGUGACAGGAAGAUGCAUCUGUCCACCUGGCUACCAUGGCACACAAUGCCAAAGACGAUGUGAAGCGGGCAGCUUUGGAGUGGGCUGCGCUCAGAUGUGCGACUGUGCUGGUGAGGCUCCAUGUGACCCACGAACGGGACGGUGCCUCUGCCCCCCCGGACGGACAGGACAAAGAUGUGAAAAAAACUGCAAUGGAGACAGUUUUGGACCGGACUGCUCUCUUCAAUGUCACUGCUCCCACAGCGCUCAUUGUGACGGGGUUAGUGGCAGAUGCACGUGUCCGCUCAACUGGAUCGGCCCAGCUUGUACUGAAGCAUUUCCACACCAAACUUCAGGGGCUGCCAGAUUUUCUGAAUCUCGCAGACGAAGACGAGGAGGCAGCAAGGCCACGUGACUCAAGUAUAGGUGCAAACUCCUGAAAAGUCUGACCUGAGUCGGCAAAGUUUCACUCUAAUUAUCCUCGGAAAGUUGAUGUCGGUCCGUGGAAUGGGCGCUCGGACUGGCACUCAAUCACUGAGCCGAACGGCUGAGACAAUCAAGCACAGCACCGGGCAUGUGAGAGUUCUUCAAAGGACCAUAAACUCAAAGCUCACCCAGUCUGGUGAAGAUUUAAAGGCCAAAGUUGCCGCGGCUUCCUAGAAAUGCAGACACUCGCCUCACAAUUGUUGCUGUUCUUGAUUUAAAAUGGAUCAUUUUUGACAUUUGACGGGUUUGUAAGAGUUCAGGCUCUUAAAAGCAUGCUGACAAAACCUGUGACCCAGAGUGACCACUACCAGAAUGUGGUUUUAUAGACGGACAAAAAGGAAAUUUACUGGAAAGAAAAUAGAGGCUUGUGUUUCAACUGACUUUUUUUUUUUUGGAGAAACAAAACACGCAAAGUUCUGAAGUUGUGGUAUACAAAGUGCCUGUUCAGCAAAAGUAAACUUACACAAAUAUGAGCCUGAUAACUGAGAAAGUUACAUUUUGAUGCGUGUGACAUUCACACGUUAAUUUAUAACUUUUUUUUUAUUUAAAGAUAUUUUUCACCAAUUUGUAUCUUUUAAUUUUUUCUAAUGCUCUAAUUUGAAACAUUUUCUACCUUUGUGUUCCAAGACCUCUGACUCUCAAACAUUUACAUCGCAUUUCAGCAACUGUUUUACUCGCCCCCCCCCCCAUUUCAUUACAUCUCAGGUCCGUUCACCCUUUAUUAUUGUGGCCUGGAAAGUUUUAGGCAUUUCUGUUGCUAAACUUUUUUUGUAAACUGGAAGCAAUAAAUUCUAAAUGUUAAAGAUGUGUUUCAAAUGUUUUGGGCAUGCCUACAGUUUCAUUUCCACAUUUGUGUGGGUAAAUAAUAAAGUUAAAAGGGUUUGGA